AUGGCCAUCGUGUUUAAAUGGCCCUGGCUGGGCAUAGCGAUACCUAGUCUGCUGAUCGCUUCCAUCCAAUUGUGUGCCCAUUACCUGUUCUACAGAGACCGUGCCGAUCAAACCAAGCUAGUGAUUCUCGCUGCAUUGGUCUGGUACUCCUACUAUUUGGCCAUCUAUACGUCGCCAGGACACCCACCCAACAACUAUACCGUGGAUAAAUCUCAGAAGCCGCAGAAACAAUGGUACAAGUACUGUUCCAAAUGCAAACAUUACAAACCAGAGAGAACUCACCAUUGCAAAACAUGUAGACGCUGCAUUCUGAAAAUGGAUCACCACUGUCCAUGGACAAUGAACUGCGUCGGCCACGAGAACAUACCUCAUUUCAUGAGAUUUCUCACCUGGGUUCUCGUAGCUGUCUCUUACACGUUUUCGUUCUUAGUGAGAAAAUUGUCCUCCUACUACAAAAACAGGAACCUGCCAGCUUAUUUGGUCGGCAAAAAGGAACUCGCUCUUGUGAUUGUGUGCACAUUGCUAUGUGUAUUCAUCCUGUUCACUAUAGGAAUCCUAUUCUUGCGCACUCUUUUCAAUCUGAUCAGCAACGAAACCACAAUAGAAAGCUGGGAGCGCGAAAGAGUCCACUCACAAUUCUACACUGAAAAGUUCUGGACCAAGGUGAGAGCAAAUUACCAGAGAAUUCACGGCAAGCCGCUUCCAGAACUGACGUCCUGGAAAACAAAUUACAGAGAACUGAGACGCGACUCGCAGAUUCCUCCAAACUUCUCAUACGAUGAUCUAGUCUUCCCAUACGACUCAGGCUCCACGUUCCAAAAUCUGUGCAUGGCUCUUGGCCCAGUGCAUCUCUGGCUUUGGCCUUGGGGAAAACCCAAAGAAAACGGAAUUGACUUUGAAAAGGUCAGUGAGGACGAAGACCAAUUGAAUCUGCCUUGGCCUCCGGAUGGCUCCAACUACGAUAACGAUCCUUCUGAUGAAACUACCGUCUCCUCGUGGAUUAACGAUCUUGGCGAGACUCUGGAUGACUUUGGCGUCGACCUGGCCACAGAACCUUACGAAGCACCAAAAGAUAUCUAA